AUGUCCUCAUCACCAAACGGGUCAGAGGCUCUGUGUGACUACCUCGGGAUAGAGGAGGAGGUGGACUAUGGUAGCGAUACCAGUGUCCGCGAUGCGAGCGCGCCACCAGCGCGGCAUACAGCAUCUGGGUCUGAUGAGACUAUCAUCGCGAACCCGCUCGAUGAGCAACAACAAUUGCUUGUCCAAAGAGAAGAAAAUGCUCAGCGUUAUGGACAAAUGGCUGCAACCCUUGAGCGCCAGCGUGACUAUGUGUUCACCCCACCUAGUAUGGAGGAACGUCUUCGUCAAGCGGCCGGCCAAACAUUGGCAACGUGGGUCAUUGGCCAUGGGCCAAAGACUCCUGAGGAGGUGGUGAGCUGCCAGGCACUUCGUGAGAGGUACCUGGAGCCGCACCUAACGACUUAA